AUGAGCCCCACACACUCUGGCCUGGACGCCACCCACCCUGACACGUUGCCCACACGUGCUGGUGUGAGCCCAACACGUGCUGGUGUGAGCCCAACACGUGCUGGUGUGAGCCCAACGUGUGCUGGUGUGAGCCCAACGUGUGCUGGUGUGAGCCCAACACGUGCUGGCGUGUGCCUGCCACAGCACCCAUUGGACCAGCUUGCUGCAGCUCUCGUGAAGCCGCCGCAUCCCUUCAAGAGGGAGAGUGGGCAGAGGCAAGCAGCUAUUAGCAGUCUCUUCAGGCGACUCCAAGCGCAAUCACCUGGCAGCACCGCUCUGCACCGCUCCGUGUCUUCAGAGCUGCGUUUUGAACCGUCUCAAGGGCUGUCGCAACCGCAGCAGCACCCCCGCAGCAGCACCUCCCUAAUGCAACCAUCAGUGCAACCAGCAGCAGUGCAACCAGGGUCCUUCCAGGCACACGCGCACAAGCCUUUUCCCCCCAAGUCCUCUGGCCUCCUGCCGUGCACCCAGCAACCGUUCUCUCCAGAUUCUCCACAAAUUCAGGCAGCAGCAGCAGCGUUUCGGUCGCCCUCAGCAGCACCCCGGGAAUCAACGCCAGGAGGAAACACGGGCUUUAAGUCGCCCUCUGCAACCCCAGAGCGGUUAGAAGCCCUCAAGGCAGCAAUACCAGCGGAGGUGCUGCUGAGGCAGCAGGGCCGGACGGGGUUCAGCAAUCGCACUCAGAUCGCCACCCUUCUGGAUGCUGCCGUGGGUUUUAUUGAGGGAAUGCGCGAAUACAAGCUGGAGCUGGAGAGGCAGCUGUUGGCCUCAUAA